GCCCGAUUAUCCCCCCCCCACGUUAGCACGACCUUCGCCUUCUUUGUCCUCGUACAUUGGAACUCCAACACUUUCCCUUCCUUCGACAGUACCCAUGAUAACCAGGGACCUCUGACGGCUGUGGCCCACACGUGCAAUUAUUCCGGCGAUAUGUCAAAUAUGUGCUACGCUUUCAACCAGUGAAGUGGUUUUAAAGGACAAUUGACUGCCGAUAUCAAGCGUGCUUGUUAUCCGUGGACAUUGGCAGUUGAUAUCAGACACAAAGGAGACGUAAAUUUUGGAGAUGCACGGCUUGUGCAUGGCGAAAGGGUUCCCUGCUCUUUUCUGUUCGCGAAUCGCCGCCGGUUCUGCCUUCAAAGCCUCGCCAAUACCUAUAUAUGUGGGAGAAUAUGCUUCUGCGAACUGUUGGAGACAUCAAUUGAACUCGUAGUCCUUCACCGACUUUCAUGGUACCCCGUAACAGCAAGUUCGGCAGGAAGCGAUCCCAGAAAGAGGUGGAACUAUUGGGAAGGGCGAAUCUUCUUCUCGGAAGUCAGCUGUGGCUCGGAUAUCAACGGAUUGCUUCCGGCUCCUACGAGAGAGAAGAGGGCAAAGCGAGAAAGACGAGACGAAAGCAGCGAAUGUGAUGGAACAAAGCUUUAGAAGCAAUUCCACGGUUUGGUCCAAUGAUAACAUGACGGCGACCUCAAUCAUUCUCCGAGUCGUGUUUGGCAAUUGCUUCAAGAUCUGCAAGAAAAUGCUGAUGCUUUCACGGGUCGAUACCGGUAAACAUAAUCAUGAAUCGUCAAACUGCCACGGGUCCCUUCCGAGUCCCUUUGAUCCCAACAAACAUCUCCAAUAAUAUCCCCACACCCCGAUGAUACGGAAAUGUUAAGAGCAUAGUGGAGUACUAAGCGCUCUCAGCCGGACCAAUCAGCCUCUAGAACAAUGUCAUUCUUCAUUCCUGCUCCAAAGCCAUCUACCAAGCUCGGUAUCUAUCGUGUUCUGUCAUCUCGAGCUGGUGUUCGCGUCUCUCCCUUAUGCCUCGGUGCGAUGAGCAUCGGCGACAAGUGGGAGGAUUGGAUGGGAUCGAUGGAUAAAGAAUCCAGUUUCAAACUAUUGGACGCGUAUUUCAACAUGGGAGGAAACUUUAUUGAUACGGCUAACACCUAUCAGGAUGAGUCCUCAGAAGAAUUCAUUGGCGAGUGGGCAGAAAAACGCGGGAUCCGAGAUCAGCUCUUCAUUGCUACCAAGUAUACCACUCUUUUCAAGAAGGCAGACCCGAAGGUCGCUCAAAAGGUCAAUUACACUGGGAAUAACGUGAAGAGCAUGCACCUCAGCGUCAAUGCGAGCUUGAAGAAGCUCCGCACCGACUAUAUCGAUCUUUUCUAUGUACACUGGUGGGAUUACGAUACCUCUGUUGAGGAGGUCAUGGAUGGGUUGCACAAUCUAGUGGUCCAGGGCAAGGUGCUCUACCUGGGCAUCUCGGAUACGCCUGCAUGGGUAGUCGCACAGGCUAACCAAUAUGCUCGAGAUCACGGAAAGACACCCUUCUCUGUCUAUCAAGGGCAAUGGAGUGUCUUGCAGAGAUCUUUUGAAAGAGACAUCAUUCCUAUGGCGCGAUCCUUUGGUAUGGCACUCGCCCCAUGGGGUGUUAUCGGUGGAGGCAAACUCAGGACCGAUGCUGAAGAGCAACGAAGAAAGGAAAGCGGAGAGGAGGGCAGAAAGCGGGCUGGUACUUGGGAGAGGACGCCGGACGAAGCAAAGAUGAGUCGAGCAUUGGAGAAAGUCGCACAGGAGAUUGGUGCGAAGAGCAUUUCAUCUGUUGCAAUUGCGUAUGUAAUGCAAAAGACCACUCACGUCUUCCCGAUCAUUGGUGGGCGGAAAGUGGAACAGCUGGAGCAAAACCUUGAAGCACUUGACAUUACUCUGUCUGCGGAACAGAUUCAGUUCUUGGAGAGUCAAGUUUCCUUCGAUAUUGGCUUCCCUAAUAUCAUGAUUGGAGACGGAACUAAGCCCGUGUAUUUGAUGAAUAUGGCAUGCGAUUACCAGAAGAUUCCAAAGGCACAACCACUUCCUACACCUACCCUGUAG